AUGUCCAAUAAUCAAGAAGAACACUUAACCGAAGAAUUUCGACAACCCCCAGCUCCGAACCUCCAAAUGCAAGCAUUGUUAGGGGACAUGAGUCGUAUGUUGAGGGCUGAAUUAGAACCUAUUCAAGAGAGGUUGGACAGGGUAGAAGCGGGAACUCCUAGGAGACAGCCACAAGACAUCCACAAUAAUGGACGUGGUCCGUGGCGAAAUGUUGAGGAAGAGGCGGAGUCGGAGGAGUUUGAUGAGCCAUAUAUGAACCGGGGCAGGUUUGAACGUUGGUAUGGAAAUAGAGAAGCUAGGAUGGGUAGACCUAGGAGGGAUAAUGAUUUAGGAAACAUAAAAAUUAAAAUCCCAUCUUUUCAAGGUAAAAAUGAUCCUGAAGCUUAUUUGGAGUGGGAAACUAAAAUGGAGAUGGUGUUUGAUUGUCACAACUACUCGGAGAUAAAGAAGGGUAAGUUGGCUGCAAUUGAAUUCACCGAUUAUGCCAUUGUUUGGUGGGAUCAAUUACUUAUUAAUAGGAGGAGGAAUAGAGAGCCACCUGUGGACACUUGGGAGGAGAUGAAAAUGCUUAUGAGGAAGCGUUUUGUACCCAGCCACUAUUAUAGGGGAUUGUAUCAAAAGUUGCAAAGGCUAAUUCAAGGCUCCAAGAGCGUGGAUGAGUAUUACAAGGAGAUGGAGGUAGCUAUGAUCCAGACUAACGUAGAAGAGGACCGAGAAGCCACCAUGGCUAGAUUUUUGCACGGUUUAAAUCGUGAGAUUGCGGAUAUAGUCGAGUUGCAACAUUAUGUUGAGUUGACAGAUAUGGUGCAUCAAGCCAUAAAGGUGGAGGAACAACUCAAAUGGAAGGGAAUGGCUAGGAGGGGACAACCUAUGGCUACCACCAGCCCAUGGAAGGCAGCUCCAAGGAGGGAUGAGCAGCUGCAAAAUAAGCCAAAAUUUGAACCCUCAAAGAAUGUCAAACCAACGCCUGCCACUACUUUAGGUAACAUCGAGACUUCUACUUCAAAAAAACGUGAUAUUAAGUGUUUUAAAUGUCAGCGGCGGGGACACAUAGCUAGCCAGUGUGUAAACAAAAGGGUGAUGAUGAUAAAAGCCCAAGGAGAGCUUGAGUUGGAGGAUGAGGAAGAAGUAGAUGAUGAUGACAUGCCACAUUUGGAAGAUAGCAAGGCGCAUUCUCAAUAUGCAGCAGGUCAAGGAGGAGGAAAGUAA